AUGCAUGGCAAUGAACGAAAUAAUCAACCAGUGAAUCAUCCCAUCGAACGUGAUGACUUUGACGAUGUUUCACGUAUUGAAGAUAAAGGGUGCCGUGCUUUCUCUUGGAGGACUCGAGGUACCGAUAGACGACCACCCCGAGGCAGAGGUGAAGGUCGAGGUGGAAGAGAUAGAAUGCACGAGGAGCACCAACAGAAGAAAGACCGGGAUAGUGCUUCCAGUGGUGAUGCAAUUCAACACAGAAGAGAUGUGAUUAGCCAAGUACGAAAAUUAACGUACAGACAGCUAGUGGAACUCAAAUGCAAGGAUGCAUCUGAUAUAGUGAUGUUUUUAGCUUCAGAAGAGACAAAUUUCGCUUCAUUAUUGCAAGCCAUACCAUCUGAUAAUAUGAUGAGAGUAAUACUGCAUCUUCUGACAAAGGCUUGUGGUACAAAUUCUAUCAGGACCCUUCUCUUUGAAGUUUUAAGAACAGUGGAACAGUCAAAGUUCUUACAGGGUACUGUAACAAAUGCCUUAACGUCUCUUGCAGAAGACACUUCUUCUGAUCGUGCUAGAGAUGAUAAAGAAUUUCUAAAGAAUUUGCUGGUUUUACUUCAACAGCUAUCUGUGUCUUUUCCACACUCGGUGGUUAUGAUUCUUGGACUCAAGGAUGUUCUGAAGUUUACAAUAAUGGAACUGGAAGAUACUUACGAUGUGGAUGCAAGUAUUGUUGAUGAUGAAAUUCGAGAAUUGAUGACUGCCUUAGAUGGUCUGAAAGGAAGCAUGUUCACAAAAAUUCACAGUGAAAGAGAGAAACGGAACAACUUUGUACAAGUCGGAGAAGAGCCACCAGAUGAUUUCCGUGAUUUGUCUGUAUGUCCGACAGAUGAAGAUAUUAAGCCAGGUACUCGUACACCAUUCCUUAGAGAAAUCAAAGCAAAGGGAGGCUACAAAGAUCUGAACCAAUACUUGGACAUCCAUUUUAGGUUGCUAAGAGAAGACUUUAUAUGUCCAUUACGCGAAGGCAUUGCUGUAUACUUGCAGCCACAACCAGUAUAUCCAAGGCAAAAGAAUAAAGACAUUACAGUGUAUAAUGGUGUUAGAAUAGUCAAGACAGUCUGUUCUCGACGUGCACUUCUGCACAGACUUGAAUUUGAUGUCGGUGAACUGAAACAUGUCAGAUGGGAAAACACUAAGCGUCUUAUUUAUGGAUCUCUGGUGUGUCUGUCCAAUGACAAUUUCAACACAUUUCUCUUUGCAACUGUAUCGGAACGUGAUUCCAAACUGCUAAGAAAAGGAAUAAUUGAUGUCUCAUUUGAACAUGAUUUACCACAAGGACUGGACGAUGUUAGCUUUGUGAUGGUGGAGACGACAGCCUUCUUUGAAGCAUAUCGACAUGUUCUCAAAUGUCUCCAACAAAUACAUAAAGGGCAGUUACCUUUUCAGAGGUACAUAAUUACCUGCAACAAUAAUCUGUUGCCGCCAAAGUACCUCCGAUCUCAACGAUCUGUCCAGUUUGAUCUUAGACCUCUGGUAGAUGAUGCUUUUGUGAUCAGGGAUGAUGACACACAUGGACAACAGGUUGCAAAUUACAAUUUCAGUCCCAAGUCACGACGUGCAAAAAACGUUGGCAUUCUCGAUUUGAAAAACUGGCCAACACCAGAAUUAUUACAUCUUAACCAGUCGCAAUAUAUGGCCUUGCAGGCAGCUUUGACACACGAAUUUGUUGUGGCACAAGGACCUCCAGGAACGGGAAAAACAUAUGUUGGGCUUAAAAUAGUGAAAGCUUUGCUUCACAAUAUAAGUGUCUGGAAUUCGGGAGAAAAUUCACCAAUGUUGAUUGUUUGCUACACAAACCAUGCCCUCGACCAGUUUCUUGAAGGAAUUGCAAAUUUUUUUACUGGUAAUAUGAUUAGAGUCGGAAGUCGUAGUCAAAGUGAGAUAAUUUCAAAAUAUACAUUGAAAGAAAAAAGGCAGGAAUUCAGAAAAUCUUCAUUUCGUAGUAGAGAAAUGGGACGUGUUCGGUAUGAAUAUACGAAACGUCUGAAACAACUCCAGUUUGAAAUGGAAUGCCAAUCAGCACCAUUUGAAUCUUGUGAAAGAGAAAUACUUAAUGAGAAUACACUGAAACCAUAUAUGGGUAAUUUCGUUAAUCAACUUGUUAAUCAUGAACUGGAACAAAAACCAGUAAUUGUCAAGCAGCAGUCUAUGAUGCUUAAAUGGCUUGGACUAGAUCAGAUGGUUGGUGAAGCUCAGGCUUCAGUAGCAAAAGAAGUGGAUAUUGAUGACCAAUCAGACAGUGAGCAACAUGAAGAUCAUGAUUUCAUUGCUGUGCAGGAGCAAGCUGAAAUACUUCAACAGCAGAGGCAGUUAGAUGAUUAUGGUGAUGAUGAUGAUGAUAAUGAAGACUUACACCUAACUAAAACAAUAGUUAGGCAAGUACCUCAGGAGAGAAAACACUAUAUAGUUGUUGACGUUUCCAACACUGACAGUGUACCACACGAUAAUGCACAGCUAACUGAACAGUUCCAGUUGCAGAAAAAAGCAAGAAAAAGAAUGAAAAGAAAAUUGGUAAAACAGUUGCGUGAAUCAGAAAGAAUGAGUGCACAGGAAAUGAGAAGCAUCGAGAAUAUUUGGACAUUACCCAUGCCUCAAAGGUAUAAACUUUAUAAAGCAUGGAUUUAUGCAUUUCGUCAGCACAUUCAACAGGAGUUGGCUGCAAAAGAAACAAUAUACGGACGUUUUGUCAACUUGCUCAAAGAAAUAGAUAUUCAGGAAGACAAGAAGGUGUUAGAAAGGGCAACUGUGAUUGGCAUGACAACAACGGGUGCUGCAAAAUAUCAGCGUGUUUUAUCAGAAAUUGGACCAAAGAUAGUAAUUGUUGAAGAAGCAGCCGAAGUUCUUGAAGGGCAUGUUAUCGCCACUCUAGGUCAAGGAUGUCAGCAUCUUAUUCUCAUAGGAGAUCACAAGCAACUGAGACCCAACCCAAAUGUAUACAGGCUCGCUAAAGACUAUUCUCUUGAUCUAUCCCUCUUUGAAAGAAUGGUAAAUAACGGAGUUCCUUGCAACACACUGGAGAUUCAACACCGGAUGAGACCUGAAAUAUCGAGUCUCAUGACACACAUAUAUCCAAACCUCAAAGAUGGCAAUUCGGUAAAGUUAUAUCCUAGUGUGAUGGGUGUAUCCAAAAACUUGUUCUUUAUAACACACAGCCAUCUUGAGAAGCAUGACCGAGAAAUGGUUAGCCACUCUAAUGAGUUUGAAGCAAAGUACAUUGUGGAAUUAUGUUCAUACAUGCUCAAACAGGGAUAUGACAAAUCACAAAUAACAAUUCUUACUACAUAUUCUGGCCAGUUACUGACAUUGAAAAAACUAAUGCCAAAGCAUAUUUUUGAAGGAGUCAGGGUAACUGUUGUUGAUAACUUUCAAGGUGAAGAAAAUGACAUCAUUCUUUUGUCAUUAGUUCGAAGUAAUGAUGAAAACAUUGUUGGGUUUUUGAAAAUAGAAAACAGAAUUUGUGUUGCUCUUUCUCGUGCAAAGCACGGACUCUUUGUUAUUGGAAACUUUGACCUUCUGUCACAAAACAGUAAACUCUGGAAAGAUUUAGUCAAAGACCGUAGGAUUAAUGACGAAAUUGGUCCAGCUUUAAAAUUAGUUUGUCAGAACCACCCAAAUGAUGCUGGGAUUUUAGCAACUAAACCAGAAGAUUUUGCAAAGUCACCUGAAGGAGGCUGCAUGAAAGCUUGUCAGUUCAGACUUGAAUGUGGCCAUAACUGUACUCUCCACUGUCAUCCUUAUGAUCCACAGCAUGAGACGUAUCAAUGCAAGAAGCAGUGUACUAAACUUAUUUGUGCACUUGAUCACCGGUGUACAAGGUUAUGUUUUGAAAAGUGUGGGAAAUGUACAGUGAAAGUGGAAAAAAUUAUCCCUGGAUGCCAACAUAAACAAAUGGUGGAAUGCUAUCUUGAUCCAGAAGAAAUGUCCUGUACACAAAGCUGCACUGGGGUGUUGUCUUGUGGCCAUACAUGUGGCGCCCUAUGUGGAUCACCACAUCAGUGUACUGCACAGUUGAAAAUCCACAAAGGACACAUACCUGAAGAUUUGCUUGAACGACAAUGUGUAGUAGAAUGUGAAGCUACACUGACGUGUGGGCAUGAGUGUUGGGGAAACUGCAACAUACGUCAUCAAGGAAAGCUUCACAAAAGCUGUUCACAGAAAUGUAACAAAAUCCUUGUUUGUGGUCAUGAGUGUACAAACACUUGCUCUAAUUGUCCACCAUGUGAGAAGGCGUGUGAGAAUCAGUGUACACACAGGGUCUGGAAAUGCCCCAAGAAGUGUGGAGAUGUAUGCGAGCCGUGUAUGGCAUCUUGUGCCUGGAUCUGUGAACAUCACCAGUGUACGAAGAAAUGCAGCGAGCCGUGCAACAGGGACCCAUGUAACUACCCAUGCGAAAAACGUCUUCCAUGUGGUCAUCAGUGCAUUGGAAUGUGUGGAGAACCAUGUCCCAAGGCAUGUCGUGUCUGCAAUCAGGAACUGGUAAGCAAAGCACUUGUGUUAUCUGGAAAAGAAACAAAAAAAGAUGCACGUUUUGUGAAACUGGAGAAUUGUGGUCAUGUUUUUGAAGUUUCGUAUCUUGAUCAAUGGAUGAAAACUGAAAGUCACACAGAUGACAAAGUUCUAUCACUUAAGGCAUGCCCAUCUUGUGACACUGUUAUCCGUCAGAACAUGCGAUAUGGCAAGCUCAUCAAAGAGCAACUCCAAAACAUUGAAGAUGUGAAACGACACAUUUUGAAAAGCCAGAAUAGCAUCAAACAGCUUCAGUUUGAGGUUCGAUUUAGCAUUCAGGUUCACAAAGAACACCGUGAAAAAAAGGAGAUGUAUCUUCGUGGUUAUAAUGAAAGCGUGGCAGGUCUCACGACCAUUUUAAACCAGCUUGAGUUUUUAAUGAAAAUCGAGAAUUUGAUUAAUCAAUUCAGUUUAGUAACUGCGAUGAAGACCUCACUGAAAUCAAAAGUGGCAGUUUACCUUGCUGAUUUAGAACAAUUUCGUCAAUGGAUACUGAACAAAAAGACAUAUGCUUUGAGUGAGCAAGAGAUUGCAGAUGCCCAAAGGGAGCUAGAACGCUAUACAGCAGCUCUGGGAAUGAUUAAAAUAGAAGAGACUCUUUUGGACAGAAACAUUAAGCUAGAUUCACUUCUUGAAGUACGAUUCCAGAGAGUAUUACAGUAUGUAGAUGACACACACCCGUUCACACCACAGAGGUAUCAAUUUGUGAAAGCGGUUGUGGAAAAAAUAAAGAAACUUACUCCAAACUCCAUGAAGGAAAUCAUUGACGCUGAAAGGGUUUCCAUACUGAAGGUGGCUGAUCUCUCUGUUGGACACUGGUUUAAAUGUAAAAACGGUCACAUUUAUUCCAUUGGCGAACGUGUUGAAGGAGUGAAAGCCAGAUGUCCCGAAUGCUGCAAAACUCAAGAUAGGAGAAGUCAUCGCUUGAUGGUUGAUAGCGCACUUGCGCCAGAACUGGAUGGUGCCAGACAUGCUACCUCAUCGAAACCUGAGUAAAUUUUAUACUGGAGAACCUUAUUGGGUUUUUUUAGGUCUAAAUGUUAAUAAUUAGGACUUAACACAGGUUACCAUCAUAUAUAAUUUAGAUACGGAGUAGAGAUGAAUGACAUACGAUAAACUGAUGAUAAUUGAUGAUAAUGAUGAUGGUAGUGGUGUUGAUGGCUGUGAUGAUGAUGAUGAUGAUGAUGAUGGUAUAAUUUAUUUAUGUUUGUAUUUAAUUAGGGAACAAGCAAGCUGUCCAGAGCAUACAAAUGAACCGCUUGGUUUGUAUGUCCAAUGCUUAAAAUAGCAUUCACUGUUGCUAUAGGAUCUACUCUUACUGAGUAACUAUAAAAUAUUUGUAUUUAAUCCAAAUCAGGGUAGGACAUGUGACACACUAUGUAGUGCUGGGGCAUUUGCUUCUGUUUACAGAUGUGUUUUUAAAUGCUAUCUAACUGGUUAGCAUAUUUAUAGCCAGGAAUGGUGUAUUUGUGUUGCAACACCCCGGAUAUUAUUUAAUCAUCGUCUAUUGGGUGAUUGUGUUUAAACAGCGAUGUCCAUUAUUCUAUGGUUUGUUGUUUCCCAAGCCCGUAAGAGCGAUACGUAAAUUUAGAACUUUGAUGGGAGGGGGAAGGGGACACGAUCGAAAUCUUAAUCGUAUGACAUUUUAUUUCCAUAUGACACCAAAACAUAAUUUCCAAGUAUUAAUCAGUGAAGUACAUUAGUUAAUUUAGAUUUCAAACAUGUUUCUUGGUUAUGAAAAACCAUUGAUUAAUCAAAGUUCCCUAACAUACUUUUAAUAAAUGUUGCAUUGAUUCUGUUGGCAUCUUUGAUUUCUGUCAAUGUCUGACACCAAAACUAUUUAAUAUUCACUGAGUCAAAAUGAGUUAAUCAAGGAUUUUGUUAUGCAUGGCAUUAAUGCAUCUGCCCCUGCCACCUACAAAACUAUAAUACUUUACUUCCUAAUGUGAAUACAAGGGCAAAGUUUCAAACUCCAUCCGAUUCCAAAACGAGUAUUUUGAAAUAUGCCCUUCCCAAGAAACCAAUCCAUUAUGAAGCAUUUCAUUGAUAUGAUAAUGAGUUAAAUGCAAACAUAUCUUCAGUUGUUACUGUCAAGACUCAAUUUCAAUUCGUUUAUUGCUUUAAGCUACAAGCUUAAGACAAGUUAGAACAAUAAUAUUGAGUGUCUUAAAUUCUAGAGUGUAUUUUAGAGAUUUAGCUGGUCUACAUUUGUUUAUUUACUCAAGACAAAUAUUUUCAGCUACUAGAUUACCAGUGCCUAUAGUUAUAAACUAUGUCUUUAGUUGGUUUCUUACAUAACUACUAUGUAUAUAAUUCUUCACAUGAGAAUAAAUCCAUUAGAUUGUUAGGCUUUGAAUUUCCAUUCGUUUUUAUACAAUAUUCUAUCCUGAAUUCAUGCUAUUUUGCGUUUUUAUAUGCAUUUACUCAGUAAUGAAUACAACAGUAACGGGAUAUUGAAUGGCAUCUCUAAGAACUGCAUAAAUAACAGCAACCAAUCUUUACAUAUAGGGAUCUGGCACCUGGACGACUGGAUACUACAUAUUAGUCAAACUUAAUGUGAUUUUAUACCUUGCCAGUAAAUAUCAAUAUCCAUGCAUCAGAUCACAUUUUGAACAUCAUGUUUGAGAUUAACACCCUGAGAAACAUACCAAAGCGUAUAUUACAUCCCAUAAUAUAUUUAAAAUGAACCUACCAUUACGAAAAGUGUUAUUUAUGGCAGCCAUUUUGAAUUUUUGUCAUUAAUCAAUAUUAAACGUCCUGCUACGUCAAAUAUUCAGAUUCAGAUUAUUUGGCCAAUAUGGCCUUAGAAGCAACUCUGCAAACUCAUAUUUUAAGAAAAAGGUUCAAGUUUGCCCAAACCUAUCAACAGUCAACACUGUCUUUGCAAAAUUAAUUUCAUUUCUGUAGUUCAAAAUAAUUUAUUAGUGUAUUACAUAUUUUACGUAUUUAAUGCAUAUAACGAAAUACUUGUCUUAUAUGAUUAUUCUGAAAUAUUUAUCAGUGCAGGACUGCACUUGGCUUAAAAUAAGGGGUGGAGAGGGACGGUAAGAAAAAAUCAAGUCACAUUAAAUAAUAUAGGGUUAACUUUGUCUCCAUGUAAACCACAAAAAAAGGCAGUUUAAAUUUUAAAAAAAACUAGCACUUUUUGACAUUUGUCAAAUAUUUGGCAUCAUUCUCACGGUAACCUGCGGCCCAGUAGAACUGUAUAUGCCCAUACUGGAAUAUGUCUUGGUCUAUUAUCUGUACAGCAAUAUUUGUCAAUGUAUUAUAUGUGUAUACUGAAAUAUCUGUCAACCUAUUAUAUGUCAAUACUGAAAUAUAUUUAUAUACAUGUAUUUGGCAGCGUAUUCGUCAAUGAAUGUCUGUUCAGGAUUAUUUGUGAAUAAAUUAAUUACAUGUCUGUAAUGGAAUGUUUGUGAAUGUACAUGUAUACAGAUCAAUAUUGGAAUAUUUGUGAAUGUACACAUAUUACACGUCAAUAUUGGAAUAUUUGUGAAUG